AUGGAACAUCAUAAAGAUGAAGCAGUUUUAUUAAAACACGGAUGGUGUGAAAUGCUUAAAGGAGGAGUUAUUAUGGAUGUAAAAAGUGUAGAACAAGCAAAGAUAGCUGAAGAAGCUGGAGCUAUAGGUGUAAUGGUUUUAGAAAACAUUCCUUCUGAGCUUAGGAAUAAAGAAGGUGUUGCUAGAAGUGUAGAUCCAUCAAAAGUAGAAGAGAUAAAAAAAUGCGUUUCUAUUAAUGUACUUGCUAAAGUUCGUAUUGGUCAUUUUGUUGAAGCACAAAUUUUAGAAGAACUUAAAAUUGAUAUGAUUGAUGAAAGUGAAGUAUUAACAAUUGCUGAUGAAAUGCAUCAUAUUGAUAAACAUAAAUUUAAAACACCAUUUGUAUGUGGAUGCACAAAUUUAGGAGAAGCUCUAAGACGAAUUUCUGAAGGAGCAUCUAUGAUAAGAACUAAAGGAGAAGCUGGAACAGGUAAUAUUAUAGAAGCUAUUAAACAUAUAAGAACUGUAAAUAAUGAAAUAAAAUAUUUAUGUUCUUUAAGUGAUAGUGAAGUAUAUCAUUUUGCUAAAAAAGUGAAUGCACCUAUUGAUCUUGUUUUACUUACAAAAAAAUUAAAAAGAUUACCAGUUGUUAAUUUUGCUGCUGGAGGUGUUGCUACUCCAGCUGAUGCAGCCAUGUGUAUGCAAUUAGGAAUGGAUGGUGUUUUUGUAGGAUCAGGUAUUUUCGAAAGUGAAAAUCCAAGAAAAAUGGCAGCUUCAAUUGUUUCAGCUGUUAGCAAUUUUAAUAACCCUAAAAUACUAUUAGAUGUUAGUAUGAAUUUAGGAAAAGCUAUGUGUGGAAGUACACACGUUUCUGAUAAAUGGAAAAAUAAAAAUGAAGAACACACCAAAUUUUUAACACCACAAUGA